UCUUUUCUCUUUCAGCUGAUAUGGAUUCGAUGACAAAAAGUCUGAAGGAGGAUUAUUUGACCUGCUCUAUUUGCUUUGAACUGUUUACCGAACCGAAGGUUUUGUCAUGUCUACACAACUUUUGCGAGGCUUGUUUGGAAGCAUUGAUCCAGAAAUCUUCGGAUAAAAACGAAUUGAUUUGUCCAAUAUGCCGAGAAACCACGUCUCUGACAUCAAAAUCUGUUUCGGAUUUGAAAACGAACUUCAUAUUUAAAGAUAUGAUCAAUAAAUUAUCUCCUUCCAACGAAUCGCAUCCUAAAAGGAUUUGUUCCUUCUGUAUCCUCCAUUCCAAAGAAGUAGAGGCAACUCACAAAUGUGUAACAUGUAUGGAUUUGCUGUGUAGUUUCUGUACAAGACACAGACACCUCUUUACUAGGCAGAACGCUUAUCAUAACGUGGUUCAUCUUAGGGACUAUUUGGCGGGAAAACAUAAAGCGGAGACGAAAUACGAGGUACUUUGCGAAAAGCAUCACGAGCGAAUGCGUUUCUACUGUCAAGAAUGUUCUGCUCCGAUAUGCAGAGAAUGUGCUGUUGAGGAACACAGGUCCCAUGAUUAUGUAUCGUUUGCUGAAGCGAGGGAGAUUGCAAAAGAGAAAAUGGAGAAAAACUUGCAAAGUUGUAGAACAAAGAAAAAGAAACUAGAACAAAUGCAUUCAGCCUUGAUAUCUAAAUCCGAAGAACUGUCGGCUAAUGAAUCUUCCCUUAUGGAUAUAGUCGAUGUUACUUGUAAGGAAGUUGAAUCGAAGUUGAAGCAGCACCGUCAAAAAGUCGAAGAAGAAAUAAAACAGAAGUCAAGCGAAAGAAAGAAAAACAUUGAAAUUUAUGCUCAAGACUAUCUGAACAUGCAAGAAAGAUUGCAAGAAUCAAUUUCGUUUUGUGAAAACCUCCUGUCCAGUGGAAGUGAUUUAGAAGUUUUGUUCUUUUUAGAUGAGAUGAGGACAUGUUUAAUGAAAUACCCAGAUCCUGAAGAGAAGCGGGUGCACAUUUCUCUCCCAGGCCUCAAGGUAAAUAAAAAGACAGAUUACUUUGUUUUCCAUUUAGAAGAUGAUGUCGUUGAAAGUCAAUCCGGUUCAGUUAAAAAUGACACAGAAACGACCCCAGUCCUGGAUACAAAAAGCACUAGUUUUCAAGAGGCUCAAGACAGGCCAUUCAAUGGAGCGUGUCUGGAAAUUCCCGGUGAUGAAACUAAAAUAUCUACAUCAGUUUUAGGAAAAUCAAGCUAUGAAUCAGAAUUGAGCCCAAAAACCAAAGACUCCAGGACAGAUGGAAAAGCAGAAAAACGUAAUAGCGAAACACAGAGAAAUAAAACCGUUGUACAACCACAGACAGUUUUUGUUCCCAAGUGUUUAAACACUUAUGAGGCUUUGGUUACAUAUGGUGAAAAGUCCCCAAGUUACACGUGCGUAACAUGGAUUGACAAAACAUCUCUUGCUCUUGCAGAUGAAAACAACCAAGCCGUUGUGAUUGUUACAACAAAAAGCGAAAGCAUGCAAAUUCGAACACAUUUAGUAAAAGGUAUAGCCGCCAUUACAAUGUUUGGUGGUUUUCUUGCUUGCAAAACGCAAUCAGGAGAAAUCAAAGUUUUCUCCUACCCGAACUUGAUAUUAGAAAGAGUUUUUAAAGGAGCGUAUGCUUUAACAGCACGUUCAUCAGAGUUGAUUUGGAUAACAAAAGAAAAGAUAGUAAAAUUCACUGAUGCCACAAUUAAUGAAAAGAAAAUAACAGAUGAAGACGGAAAUCCUUUUCGAUUUACAAGACCACUGAAUAUCUGCUGCCUUUCGAAUAAAACUUGUGUUGUCACAGACAAAGUUGUCGAUUGUCUGUUUUUUCUGGAUAGAAAUGGUCAAAUAUCGAGACGGCUCUUAUUUACAGAGAAGCUGGGUGCACUUUCUUGUGACGAAGAAGAUCGUCUUUAUAUGGCAUUUUAUGAAACAGAUAGCAUCUGUAUCGUCAACGUAAAUGGAGAAUGUCUGCGGAGAAUUUCUCUAAGCUGCAUUUUACGAAGACCAAGAGGUAUUUCAGUACUAAGCGAGGAGGAAAUUCUAGUGUCCAACAAAGAAAAUGUCGUUCUUAUUUCUUUAAAAUCUUAACUUGGAGAUCGAAAGAAAAUAAGAAUAUACCAAUUUACUUCAAACUUAUAAUGUAAAUAUACUUUGUGACAUUUGUGCUAUUUAGUAUGCAGAAAAGAUUGGUUUUUCAUAACUUGUAGAUCUAGACUUAAUAAAUUAAAGAUGG